CUCUCCUUCCCCAAAGGAAAUCAACGGAUCGAAUACCUAGUCUGCCACUAACAGCCGUUAUGUAGGUACCAGAGGUGUCUCGAUUUUAAAGUUGAUAAUUGAACAAGUGUGUCUUUGUGCGCGGUAAUGAAAGUGAUUUCCGCGCUUAGUGUUAAAUGAGAUAUACGUAACCGGGUUUUGUUAGCAUUGGUUAAAAACACAGAAAGUAAAAACGAUAUUUGGAAUUUAAACUCAAAUGUGACUGCGUACCAAAAAGAAAAUGUUGACCUUAAAGACCAUCGUGUUCCUUUGGACAUUUGUGUAUACCGUAUGCGCUCGUGACGUCAAUAAACUAGUGAAUGUCGACUGGUUGCGGUAUGAUUUCUUGAAGCUGGAAGAAGACUCUUGGAACUACGUCUUAGACUACCUGGACAAUAACGUAAGAAACUCGGAAAUAACUGAAGGAGGUCCGGAAGUGGCUUUGAUAAAGAAAUUCGAACAAUUCGGUGACAGAGUGCAAGAGGUAAUGCCGAACGACCUAACAUUUGGUCUGGACCAACUACACAGUGUUUGGUCUCUCCAACUGGCCUUGGCCGAUCUCAGAGGAAUUUAUGCUCUAUACGAAACGUUUCGGCGAUUCCAAAAACUACAGACAGCUCCGGGUCGAGUACCGUCUCCGAGGCAAGCAUGGAUCGAUUUAGCCAAUACGAUUCUGUACGACCCGAAGAACAACAUGGAAACUGCCAUGACUAGAAUAGAAAAAGGAAUCGAGGGAAAUAUGUUCGCCUCUGCUAGAAAGGAAAUAGAAGGCGAUAUGAUUUGCAAUUCGAAGCAAUCGCCACAACAGGUUCUCUAUAACCUAUACAAUACCAUAGCUCUGACGGAAUUGAAAGGAUAUACGAUGAUACAGUUUUCCUAUAUGCUACUGAGGCUGUAUAAUCAAGGUGGGUGGAUUGCAGGAGAAACAUAUGAAGAGAUAACCCAACUUUUACAAGGCUACGUCCAAAAUGAAGUAGACCUGAAUCCUGAAGGAACCUGCAGAGAAAAUUGCCAAGAAUACGCCUACACGAAAAGUCACGGCUGUUUCAAUAAUUUGUACUGCCGCCAACAAAGAAGAUGUAAUGGCAAGAUUAUCAACUGUCAAUAUUUCGAUUCAGAUAUGUGGAUCUGCCCGGCAGAUCCUUCCAGUGGAAGGAGAUACGAAUACAUCGAAUAUGAAAAUGGCAGGGUGUUGGGAAGAAAAAAGGGAUGCAGUAGAGGCACCACCAAAGUGGACAGUUGGUGGAGAUGGCUCUUCUGGCAUUGUUCGUACUGUUUCUGCCUCUGCGACGAACAGGGCAGUAAUUCUGACAGAUAUAUGAACAUGAGAGCUGUCAUUGCUGACAUUGAAAAUAAUAGGGUUGUAACUGGAUUGAGGUUUGUUAAGAAUAAUCGCAUUAUACACCUCCAAAUUCAAGAAGGAAAAUUACUUCCCAGAGGAAAUAUCGAUAUCAACACAGUUCAUUGGGUGCCCAUCAAGGAGUUUAAAAUCACCGAUAGGAAAGUAUAUAACGGACAGGAUUACCACACUUUCACUUGGGAAAAACGCGCUGUAGAUCUGGAUGAUUUGGAAGCUGAUGAAGGUUAUGUAUUGACAGGUGUUCGAUUCAAAGAGAUAGGUUCCCAUUUGAAUUUCGAAAUAUACGUUAGCAAAUUCGACUUCGACACAGGCAAACUCAUAAAUCCCCAAAGUACUAGCGUUUGGAAAGAUAACACCAAUACGGAUUCGGCAAGUAAAAAUCCAAGAACGAGAGUUAGACUGCUCAGCCCAGACAUACCCAUUCGAUCUCCGUCUCCAUCGAUCCCUACUUCAAAACCGGACCAAUACAUCGAACUGACGCAUACUGAUCUGGAUCGGGACGCUGCCCAGACGACAGUGCCGUUCCUGGACGCUCAGAAACUGGAAUCCAUGCAGCCGGUACCGCUGAGCGGCGCUGGAAUAUUUCACAAGGGGCGCAACUUUUUCGGAGGGUUCAUCACACCGAAAAUCAUCACCUACGAUUUCGGCAAACAUCUGAGUGCCGCGUUUCCGGACGAAGAAGUUAAUUGAAUGUAUUUUUUUUAUCGAUAUUUUAGUGUUAAUAAUGAUAUAUCGCAUAUCAACGCUCAUAACUUAUAAUAGUAAAAUCUAUGUUAGAACCUCUAUAACUGAAUAAGAAAUAGUGAUUACAUUCAGUUGAUAACAGAGUUUGUUUGAACUGAAGGCGAUUAUCAAUAAACGUGUGAUAUUUAUCAACCAAAUUAUGUAUUUGACUUUCGAUAUUUGAUCAUUACAGAGUUCGUUAAAGUAAAGCAAUUAGACUCGA